GUUUGUUUUGGUUGACGAUGCUUCGCGCGCUUCUUCCUCGGGCCCGCCUGGCAUUGCACUCGGCCUGGCAUGGGCUGUUUCAACAGCCCGUGGCGUGCGCACCCCAGCAGGCAAAGAUGUCAGCCAGCAAAAGGCGCUCUUCCGUAGGGUUCGCCCUCUCGCCCACCAAGCGUCGGAGCAACUUCGGCCAGGCCAGCUCUGACACGCCUCACUCGCGGCGGCAGUCCGUCAUGGACUCGGUUGGCUCUGACAGCGUUUUCAUGGAUGUGCCUGCGAAUAAUGAUGAGCAGGAGAAGAAAGAGCGGCAGUUGAGUCGACUGCAGCAGCAGAUGCAAUCAAGGAACUUCUCGUCCCCCUCAGCAACCCCAGGAGAUAGAAGAAAGUCUUUAAGCUCUGUAGCUGGACUCACCAACCAGCAGUUGUCAGAGCAUUACUCAAAAUGCAUUCAACUGUCUGCAGAGAAUAAAAUCAGCAUGAAAAAUGCAUUCAAUUUGCAACUUAUAGACUACAUGUCAGAAAUGCUUCGCAGAAAAGACUCAGACAUGAAUAACUUUCAGGUUGCCAGCUGUACACUGGAUGCUAGUACAAAGAUCUAUGCAUAUCGUGUAGAUAGCAUCCACACAGACACCCUGAAGAUGGCAGGUGGACUAGGAAGAACUCAAGACAAAGAAAAGAACAGAGAGGAAGAGGAGGAUGCAGCAGGUGAAGAAGGACUAGAUGGAGAAAGGAAGAAAAGAAAGAUCAAGAAGAAAGCUGUAAUAGAAACCAACAUCAAAAACCUUAAUGUAACCCAGUUUGACCUUGAAUUUGAGGUGGAUCCUCUCUUCAAAAAGACUUCGGCACAGUUUGACGAGGGUCGAUCGGGCAGUGGGCAGUUCCUCAGCACGCUCCAGUUGCUGGAUGAUUCAUGCCAGAUGGUUCUUGAUUCUGAAACCAUCCUCAUGGACAUGCUCAGGGACAAGGUCCCUAAAAAGACUGAGCUUGUUUUGAUACCAAAGCCUGAAGAUCUCGGCCAAAGGCUAAUUUGUCCAACAUUUGCGCCUUUUGAGUUUACGUCGUGGAAAGUUGGUGAUGAGGAUUCGUUCUGUGAUGUUUCAAGACUACAGGAUAAAGAGGAAGAAGAAGACCAAGAUGCCCAUCGUUUUGAUGUCAAUGCUGUACCAGAACCUCUUGAUGAUGACCCGUAUUUUGAUGCAGAUGAUGAAGGAAUAGAUCACAUAACUGGAGCUGAUGAUGAUGACAAUGGCACUGUUAUGACCAUUGGGCAGGAGGGCUGUCAGCGUGCUCCACCUCCCCUCAUGGAAGCCGUUCAUUUGAAGGAACACCUGGCAACCAAUCCAUCAGAGUACUCCUACUUUGAUAGCCGUGUCAUGUCUGCUUGGGCAGGACCUGGCCACUGGAGAAUAAAAGCACUAUCCAAAGUGAGAAGUAUGAAAUCUCAGUCAGAAGAUGGUAAGAAGAAGAAGAAGGAAUUUGUCAGCCUUAUCUAUGAAGAGCAGGAGGAUCCUGAAAUCACAAAACUCUUUGCUUUGACUCGCAAAGCUACAAAGUUGACUCAGACAACAUUCAAGCUGUGGAGCAGAGACAAGACUACACUGCCAGUGGAUCUUCACUAUGAUGGAAGGAAUUUCACAAAGCUUUUUGGACGUCCUGCAAUCAUUAUAAGGAGACAGCAGAAAGCAGCAGAGGUUGAUGACAGUGUGCAGGAGUAUGAUUAUGACAACCAGAAUGAUAGAGAUAACUACUGUGCAGAUAUGGAUGAUGGUGCCAGUGGUUAUGGGGAUCACACCGCAGGUUAUGACUUAACAGACAUCUUCAGCCAGACAGUAAUGGGCUCACAGCCAGCUGCAGGAGAGGAUCUAGACAGCAAGGGAAUGCAUUUCCUUGAUAACCUAGUAGCAGCACCCAAUAGGGUUGUCUGAAAAUCAUGCUCAGCCAGAUGUGCAAAACGACAAAAUGGAUCCAAAUUAUAAAAUUGACUUCACAAGCCUGUACAAAGAUCUCCCAUCCAAGUUGUCUUCAAAGAUGACAGAGAAUUUGUCUGUUCCUCUGGCAUUUAUUGCACUCCUUCAUUUAGCCAAUGAACAUAGCUUGAAACUUGACAGUGAUGGAAACAUGAGAGAUUUUACCAUAUUGCAAGGAUAACACAUCUGUGGCUGUUGUCUUGUAGUCCAGUGUAAAAAGAACCAACACUUAUUGCUAAUAUCUGCAUUUUAGAGUGAUAUCAAAUUAUUGUUUUAAACAUGGGAAGAUUGAUAUGAUUUUGUUAGAUGGAGCAACUAAAUGUAUUGCAUUUGUAUUUUCUUUUGUAUAGUAACAGUAGGAUGAAUAUACUUGUUUUCAAUAUAUAUUUUAAAUUAUGUUUUCAGUCUCAAAAAUUGAUCAACUAAGUCGAUGCUCAAAGUCUAAUAUGCUUUUCUUUUGUACAUCAAUAAUUUCCCAAAAAUUUUAAGAGAAAAAUUAUCAUAUGGUAUUUAUACAAAGGAAAUUAUGAUUACCUUUUUUUCUUUUUUUUUUACGUGUAUUAUAUUGAUUAUUUGCUAUUGGUCAUCAUUUUUCAUUAUUUACUUUGAAUAUUAAUGUAUAAGAUAAAGUGUUUCUUCUUUAGCCUUUACUUCUUUACUUUCUUUACUUUUAUGUGUUUCUUCAGAAUUGAUCCUGUUAUUUUCACAGAAAUUUUCCAAAAUAUAUUUUUAUGUGUGUAUUUGUAUCUGUGUGCACACAUGUGUCUGAACAUUUUCCUUCCCGUUGUAAAUAGAGAUAGGUCUUCUUUCCUAUUCUAAAUAGAGUUAGGUGAGGGCAUUUGCACUCUUGUGAAAUCAACUUGGCCUUCUAAAAUACAGUCUGUUGCCUAAAUUAAAAGUCCAGUAACUUAGAUUGACACUUGAAUUCUUCAACACCAAGGAUGAAAGUAUUUUAAUGUCUUGUGCAUGGAAAGCUUGCAAGGCAUACACACACACAUACUUGAGAGUACCAGUGAUGUUGAUAUCUAUGUCUUUGGAAAUUUUAUUUUCCUACAUUUGCCCACUGUCAUGUUUGGGUAAUUGAGUAUACAUUGACUGAUUUUAGUGAGGAGAGUUUCUUUUAUGAGUAGGUCAUGAAAAUUAAAACAUUUAUUUUAUUUAUUCUCAGGACAUGUAUUGCUGUAUGAUUUAAUGUAAUAUAUUAAUUAUUUUAUAUAUUUUCUUUAUAUUAUAAUUAUCAGUAAUUUUUUAUUGUGCUGCAAUGUUUGACUAUAAUUUUUUUGUAGAUAGCAAACUUAUGAUUUCAUAAAGGAAUUUUAAAAGAAAAA